AUGGAGAGCACACUGCAUUCCGACGAUAUCGUGGCAAGUCUUGCCGAUGAUUCCCGGCUAGGUGUGGUUGAACGCACACACGCAGACGUCGAUACACAUGAACCACAUCCUCAAGACACCGAAGAAGGCCACAUUAAGCAUGAUCGUGGGAUCGACCAGUUCAGGUUUCGACAAUUUCUCAAGGAGGGCGUACCGCCGAAAGGCGCCGUACUGGUACGAUGGCAGAACAGCCAACAAGCACAGCUCAUGCCGGCCGACGAUUUGAAAGUACUGGAUCGAUCACUCCUGAUUGGCGAUGUGGUGAAGAAGAAUGUCAGGGAGGCCAUGAGUGGCGUUGUUAUCAACACGCAUAUCAAGUGCAUGUUGCAGCCCAUCUACGAUGUGACGUGGAAGGGUCGUAAGCUCAGAGGGUUGCUGCCUCCGACAGAUCUGGAGCCUGGCUUCACACGACCACCCAAGACGGACAGACCUUCUCUCAUUGUGGAUGUACCUGCAUCAGAGCUACAAGAGAGCGAUGACCUGACUGAGGAGAGUCUCAUUAUAUACAAGAACAGGAUAGGUCGUGUUUAUGGUGUCAUCGAAGCGCUGACACUCAAGCUGACUGACAACUGCGUGGUCGAAGUCAUCAAUGAUGAUGACAAAAUCGAGCAUGCCGAUGGCGCAUUCGAGGCCUUUACUGUUGGCGAUGUCGCCGUCACCAAGAAAGGCGAGCUCCGGACAGGCAGAUGGAUCUUUGGCCAAUAUAAUCCUAAUACACCUCCUGUCGGUACAAUUGUUGAGAGUAGGCCGAGCAGUAUCGAAGUGGAGUGGUUACAGCGAAGGAUAGGAAGUGAUGAUGAUAAUGAGCCGCCUACGCUACUGGAACGCGAUGAGAUCGAAUCCAAUGCUUUCAAAGUCUACGACCGCACUCGGCGGCCACGACGACAGACGCAACUCAAUCCUAGCAGUACGCCGAGCACGAUCUCACAAUCGGAAAUCGAUGCCCGACUGAAUCAGCGCGUCCGUUUUCGAGAUCUUGCAGGUGCUUGCAUGAAAUAUGACGGCUCUACACCUCACGGCAAGCUUACGCGACUUGAGCGGAGCGAGACGCUAGGCUAUGAUCUGAACGUAUUUGACAUCGAGCGCUUCGAGACUAGUGUGGAGGUACAAUGGCAGGAUCUCACGAUUACAACAGAGCGAUCAGUGGAUCUCGUGCCGGACUCGGCAAUCGACGACGAACAUUCGGCCUGGCCGGGAGAAAUCGCACAUACCCUGGACAUCACAUCUGUGGCUGGUCUGAAGGAAGUGGAGAGGCCUGGUAGAGUGGGAGUAGUGCAGAGCGUGAACGCUGAGGAACGGAUGGCGAAGAUUCGGUGGGCACCGGAUGCAGUGGUUGAGUAUGCUGUUGGCGAGAAGGAUGAUGAUGGGAGUAGAUUGCUGCUCACUGGUGCUGUCGGUCUCGCUACCGGAGAAGUGGAGGAGGUCAGCUUGUAUGAUCUUGAGGCGCCUGGGGUGAUGAACGUCAGGAGAGGUGACAUUGUGCUUGUCCAGCCUGGUGCUUUGAGCUCUGCCACGGAGGCGUCGAUGGGCAAGCAUUGGCUGGGAGAGGUCGUCGAUACCUGUCUGGAUGGUACACUUACCAUUCGACUUGGUGCGGCUGACGACAUUAUUGAUGUCAGACUGAAGCGAGAACAGGUCGUGGUGGCCGUGCGAUCUGAUGGUACUCCGCACGAAACAGGCUGGGAAGGAGAGGACGAAGACAUGGAGGAUAUCAUCAACGACUAUUCAGGUUCAGAAGAUAUGGAAGCUUCUGACGAAGAGGACUCUGACGGCGAUUCCUGGUCUGACGACGACGAGAUGAUGGAUGCUGAGGCAAUGUAUGAGGACGAGAAUGGCUUGCCGCUCGACGAAGAUGAUGUGAUCAACGGCGACUGGGAGUCAGAAGAUGAAGACGAGACCAUGCCCGACGCCGCAGCAGCCACGAAAGAUACACCACCAACCUCAACUUCCGCCACCCCACCAGAUACCAGCAACCCUCAAUCCUCUCCCAUCACAUCAGAACCACCCCAAUACCUCAUCCUCGAAACCCCACCCCCCAAAACCCACCACUACGCCUCCCAAAUCCCCACCUUCACGCCCGCCCACACAAAAGCCACCCAAAAAACCCACCUCAUCCUCCAAAAACCCGGCGCCCUGCCCCCCGGAAUCUACGUCCGCACCUGGUCCUCCCGCCUCGAUCUCCUCCGCAUCCUCAUCCUAGGCCCCUCAGACACCCCUUACGCCUCCUGUCCCUUCCUCAUAGACCUCUAUCUCCCCCCAACCUACCCGACCGAAGCACCCAAAGCGUUCUUUCAUUCUUUCCCUGCGCCUACUGGCGGGUUGGGUGGAGGGGAGGGGAAGGUAAAUCCGAAUCUUUAUGAGGAUGGGACUAUAUGUCUUUCGCUUUUGGGGACGUGGGAGGGGAGGAAAGGGGAAGGGUGGGUGGCGGGGAGGUCGACGGUGUUGCAGGUUUUGGUUAGUUUGUUGGGGUUGGUGCUUGUGAGGGAGCCGUAUUUUAAUGAGGCGGGGUAUGAACACCUUGUUGGUCUUGAGUCUUCGAGACGUGCUAGUGCUCUUUACAGUGAGCGGGUACUUAUUAAGGCGAGGGGGUUCGUGGUUACGGCUCUUGAGCGGCUGCGGGAGCGGGGGGAGGCUGGUGCUGCUGUUGUAGGGUUGGAAGCUGUGGAGGAUGUGGUGCAGUGGCUUUAUCUCGCUUCCGAGGGCCCGAGGAUGCUGGAGGGAGUGGUGAAGGAGGUGGAGGGAGUGCUGGAGAGGAGUGCGAAAGGUGGCGGUGAGCCGGAUGGGGUGGGGGUCUUGAGGUCUCCAGGGGAUGAUGCACGGAUAGUCAAUCUGUAG